CUGCAAGUGAAGGGGCUGCAGGGAGAAUGCAGAAGAACUGCCCGAACAGGAAAUCAUAACAAGUAGGCUUGCAGAAAAAUAAAAGGCUGAAGAGGAACUGAAAAAAGAAGUGGAAAGGAAUGUCUGCAGUUACAAGAGAUGGGGCGCAGAGAAGGCCUCAUUAAAGCUGACUUGGAACAGGCAAAAGCUCAGCUGGAGUGUUUCAAAAGGCAAAUGAUUGAAAUCUUCUAUUCACAAGAAGCGGAAAUUCCAGAGACUGUAACAGAUCAACAGUUAAUGGAAAAGAUAAGACAGAUCACUGAUGAAAAUCUGCAGAUACAUGAAGAGAAGUUAUUACAGAAGGAAAUAAUUUCCAAGGACUCUGAAGAGAAGGAAGUAUCUGAAACUGUUGAGGUGUUGAAGAAAUCACUGGAUGAAUUCCAGGCUUUCUUAAACACCUCCUAUUGUAGCAGUAGCUUGAAAAGAGAGAUUUGUAACCUUCAAGAUCUGUGCAUUGACCCCUCUGUCUUUUGGAUCCACACACUGGUAGUUGAAAUUCUAAGAAGUUUACUCUCAUGGGUAGAAGCAGUGGAGCAGCUCCUUCAGGAUGUGGGCAUUGACAUGUCUUGCUCUGACAAAGGAAUGGCCUCAUACAUGAAGAGUCUGCUGGAGAAUAAUCAUGAAACUGUGAGCAGAAUUGAAACAUUGCAGGCCCAGUUAGACAAAUUACAGGAAUCCCAGAAUUCUCUGCUACACGAAAAGCUGAAUGAACUACAAGUGGAACAUGAGAAAGAAUUACAGGACAAGAUAAAACUAAUACUUUUAGAAAAAGAGAAAGAAAAUAGAAAGAUUCUGGACAGUGCUGUUGCCCAGGAAAAAGAAAAAUUAAAGUUAUCUGUGGAGGAAGAAAAGAUAAAGGUCCAACAUUUGGAAGAUCAGUGGAGACAUAUGACUGAGAUAAUUGAACUUAAAAUGAAAGAAGAAGAAACUGUAAAUGCCAAACUGAGAGAAGCAGUGGACAGCUUAGAAGAGGCUAGAAAGAGAGAGGCCAUGUUGCAAGACCACCUGUUGAUGCAGGACAAACAUCUAACACUCAUUCAGGAGGAGAAUGAGUUACUGAAGCAGAAAAUUCAGAAAGAGAUAAUGGAAUAUAAAGAACAAAUCAAGCAACAUUCAGAGACAAUUGUGGCUUUAGAAGACAGACUAAUGGAAGCCACAGAGCAUCAGAAGACUAUAGAGGAGGAAAAUGUAGCUUUGCGGGGAAAAAUAGAAAUAUUUCAGAAAGAGCCUCAGAAGUCAGCAUCGUUUGUUUCACAAGAGCUUUCUGACAAGGAAGAGGCCCAUGUUCUUCUGAUAAGAGAAUUAGCAGCUGCUCGGAAGGAAAUCCAGUCCAAGCAGGCUAUCAUUUUGGGAUUAAAGAAAGACCUCUCAGAAGCCAAAGCCAGAAUGUCGGACAUGAUAGGAGAACUCAAUGAGAAACAAAAGAUGGAACUGGAGCGGAACCUAAUUCUUGUUAGAAGCCAAGAGAGUGAACUGAACAUGCUUAGAGAGAAGCUAUUUGCAAUGUCAGACCUUGUGGACAAGAAGGAUAAAGACCUGAGAACUUCAGCUGAAGAAUUAAGGCAUACGAAAGAAAAACUGAAAAAGCUGAAGCAUGCAGCAAAAGAAAAGGAGAGUGAAUUUGAAAAGCUACCACAAGCAGAUGUGCAAGUCAGUAAUAUCACAAAGGAUGAAGUCCCCGAAACCAAAAAGAAGCAGACUUUGGACUUGGCGGACCUAGGAGCUAAAUGUAAAGGCCUCAGACAUGAGGAGAUAAUUCAGCGUCAAAAAGAUGCACUGACUGAGCUCCGAGACAGAAUCAAGACGCUGGAAAAGUCUGAGCCUUUAACUAUUAACGAGAAGGUUCCUGAGCCACUUAUAGUGCUAAAGAAAGACCUAUCUGAGAAAAUAGCUCAGAAAAUAGGCUUAGAAAAGGAACGUGUGCCGUCAUCAAUAAAAAAAAUGGAGGCCAAGCUUCCAAGCCAUUUUCCCAAUACAUAUUCAAAUGUAGCCUUAGAGAGGACAGCAAAGCUGGAAAUGUCUGAUGCUUUAGACCUCAGCGAGAAGAUGUACCUCAACUUAAUUCAUGCUCUUGGAAGUCUGAUGAAUGUGAAGGAGCUGACAGGAGUGCAGUCUUUUAAGCAUCUUUCUCAGGAUGAGAGGGAAAAAGUGAGAAUGCAACGACAGAAGGACCUUGAGCUGCUGUACGAUAAGAUCAGCAAACUCAAGAGUCGGCUAGAAAGGAAAGAAGAACUACUGAAAGAAUAUGAGUCAGACAUUGGACAACUCAGGGCAAAUAAGGUAUCUUUGCAAGCAUACCAGGCCAAGAUGACUAAACUGGAAGAUGAAGUCUAUAGAGAAGCAGAAGAGAAUGCUCUGCUAAAAGAGGCUCUAGAGAGGACACAGUUCCAGCUGAAUCAGGAGAAAAGAUUGAACAGAGCUGUUAAACUGCAUAAGCCUGGACCUAAAACAAAAUCAUUCCCCGAAAAGCUGAAGACAACAGACCAUGUGAUAGAAGCAUUUAAGAGGAGAGCACAUAUUAAUGCCACCUCAUAGGCAUUUCUCUUGCAAAAUCCUGUGGUAGGAAUUUGCCAAGUAAUUAAUACUAUUUGGGUUAGAUCUGUUAUUAAUUGUAUUGUUUUGAUGAGAAUCCAUGUAGCCCUUGUGUAAAUACAUGAGAUGCUGCAGUAUAUCUUGAAUUACAUAGGACUCGUUUUUCCUUAGUAUGCUUAUGUACCAUAUUAUAUUUUGAUUAUUAGAAGUUUAAGAAAAAUGGUCAUUUUAAUACAACUGAUAUAUACAUUCAGAAGUGUAUUUUUUAUCUUUACAUGUAUCCUUUUUUAAAAUAGUCUCAAACUCCUAAGAUCUGCUUAGGAUAAAUUUUGUAUGUUGGUGUAGUUUGCGUGAGCCCUGACACAAUCCUAAAUCCAAGUAGAUCCAUAAUGAAGUUCCAGCAUGAGCUAUGAAAAUGGACCAUCAGGUUCUAGCAACUAACUUCCAGCAUUGCAUAAAUAUGACUGAACAGAACCAUUCUGAGUCCAUUGUGUAAUUACAACCAAUUGAAAGAACGCUGUUCAUUUACUAGGAUCUUACUUAAAUAAUACACCUGCAUGAGCAAUCUGGGAGCCACAUUUGAUAAGCAGCCUUAGGGACCAACCCAAAUUCCCAUACUCCAGUGAAUACAGAACAGCAAGGGCUCACCUGUCUAUUACUCUGAUCAGAUGUAUUAUUUAUAACUAUAGCAUUCUUGAAAACUAAAGGCUAUUUUCCUUUGCAAAAUCAGAGCAAAACGUUGGUAGUUGCUACCCCGCAAAAUAAUCCUUGAUAUCUGAGAAAGCUAAUCUUGCUAAGUAGUGAGGCAGAUGUUAGCCCAUUUGCUGCUGGGUCAGUGCAGUAAGCUAGUGGUUCUGGUACACAUUGUCCCCACAGUCAUUCUCCCUUUGUUGUAUUCAGAACAGUUUGCACAGAUCUUUUCAACAAAGGGUAAUUUGGAUUCUAGGCUGUAUAGAUAAAAUCUUAUUAUAUUGCAAAUUGUCUAUAUUUUGGCACUAACAAACUGGCUCAUUAGUGCUAAAAUGUCCAGUGUGUGGACAUGAUUUAGUCAGUGUCUCACUGCUAACUUUAUGUAUGGUAUAAUAGCCCGUAACCAGUAGCUCUUUUCUGGUGCAGAUUUGGUUUAGUUCCAAACACACUGGGUAAAGUCUGUCUCUGUUUAGGACUUGGCCUAUUUUUCUUACUAGAUGUGCAAUGUGCGUCCCUCUGUACAAUGUCCUGAGUUUAUUUUGGGACAAUACAUUACCUAACAUGCCUGUUUUAUUUUAACAUUUUGCUCUGACCCUGUCCAUCUGUUCUGUCUGAACCUUUGCAGCAGUUCUUCCUUAAGGGUUUUUUGUGACAUUGUUAUUUUUCAAUCCUCAUAUAUUGCCCUUCCCCCUGCCCUAUAACAUUAGCUAAUUUCUAUAGCUGUAGUACCCUGGAAUAAUCUAGUUUUGCAUGUGGCUAUCACUUCAGUAUUGUCCCAAGGAUUUGAAAAGUCUCCUCUGUCUUGCUUGUGAUAAAUUGAAUCUUCUGGUCAGCUGCUAGUAAGGUAAUCAUUACCAAACUAGCAUAUGCUCCAUUAUUUCCUACGUUUUUUUCUUUCAUAGUUUUAUCCAUUGUUCUUCCCAGUGCAUCAGGUAUAGAUGUAACUUUGCUACAAGUGGAAGACUUUCAGGUCAUCUCAGAAGCUUGAUCAUAAUUCUUUUAAUCUGCAGAGGGCAGUCGCUCAGUGACUUCAUAAAGAAGAAUUGCUGGUUGAUGGUCAGUUUCAGACCAUUAAUAGUCGAAUUAAACAGUUUUCUAGCAAAUACAAUGUUUAGCAGCUUUUUUAUCUAUAUGUCCAAUUUCCAUUGUCAGUCAAUAUUUUAUCUAAACAACAGGUCAUCACUGAUAAUCAGACCUUUGCUCAAGGUUUUCAGAUGUUUCAAGAUAUUUUGCAGCACAGGGAAACUGUUACGGUUAUAUCAUUCCUGCAGAGUUCUGAUGACACCAAAAAUCAAUAGCUUUGCCCUUGGUGCUCAGCAUGUGAUGCCAAAAGUCUAGUAAUGUCCAACAAUCUGAGAAGUUGAAGAAACUAGUACAAGCCAUGUACUUGGUGUUUACUGCUCUUCCCAAAUUGUUAGAAACAUAUAAAUGAAGUAAAUUUGGCAUGAUUUUCAGAGGUCCUGAGCAACCGCAGCUUUCUGUAGAAGUUAGUGGGAACACAUAUGUGCUCAGCACCUUUGAAAAUCAGGGAAAUUAUUUUUAAAAAGCUUAUUUUUAACAUGAUACCUAUUCUCAAGAUUCAAUGCACAGAGCCAAUGUGCUACAAUAACCUUUCCCGGCAAUCUCAUGCAUGGAAAUAUCUACAUCUUUGCAAUUCACGCUUGCAUUGAGUCAUUAGUUUAUCUCGGUAUUUGGCACUGGUCCAACUGUGCUUGAAUACUGCAUUCUGUUUUGGUGCCCAUAAUUCAAAAAGGAAAUAGAUAAAUUAAGGAGAGUACAGAAAAGAGCCAUGGGAAUGAAUAAAGGGUUAGAAAACAUGCUUUACAGUGAGAAGCAAAGAGCUUCUAUGCCCUGGUCUACACUGGGGGAGAUUGGGGUCAAUCUAAGUUAUGCAAC